AUGUGCAUUGCCAUUGACGCAGCUAUACCUAGCACAAAAGUGCUAGACGCCAUCGUUAUUCCUAAUGCCGACAAUGUUCGUGGCUAUCUGCAUCUCCCAACCGAACUACCGGCGUACCCAGGUGUAGAUAUAGACUGGAAAUCGUCUCAUCCAGAUGUAGUGUCAGAUAGGCCUCGUGGUAGAAUUGCUGCGGGUGUCGUCAAGCGGCCGCCCGUUGACUCUGAUGCUGUCACGGUCCAUUUGACUGCUUGCCUCAAAGACGGCGGUUAUCGGCCGCUUUGUCGCCAAUUUCCAGUCACGGUACAACCGUCCGUUGACGUUGCCCAGUUCUCCCGUUACGCGAUGACAAAUUUUGCAAGGUCAAAUUCCAACAUAGGCCAGCAAGUUUACUUCGCAACGAGCGUGGGUAACGAUCCGACGGCCUGGGUGGCCACCAAUGAUGGUAAAGCUGUCCUCAACUCUAACAAAGGCAUGCAUGGCACCCGGGAUCCCGUGGUUGUACGCACACCAGAGGGCGACAGAUUCUUCCUCAUUGCGACUGAUCUCAACGUUGACGGUGUAGAUGGCGCGAGUCGCUACAUCGAGGUCUGGGAAUCUGACGACCUGCGGAACUGGUCCCAACAGCGCCAUGUCCUUGUAUCGCCAGAGGAAGCCGGAAUGACAUAUGCCCCAGAGGCUAUCUGGGAUCCUGAAAUCGGAGCCUUUGUUGUCUUCUGGACUUCGAGCAUGUACCCAAAAGGGACGCAUUACUCCAGUGACAAGAGUGAUUCCAAUGGACGUUAUCCAUUGACUGGAGGGCAAACAUUCCCUGCAAAAGUGAUGAAAGCGCGAACUGGGCACGGGACGCUGGAUCCGGUCAUUAUCCCGGACGGGAAAGGAUACUACCAACGCAUAGUUUCCGACCGCAAUUCCACAGGAGUAAAUCUUACUUGGUAUGGACUGCCAUGCGAUUCAGAAGAUCUCUAUCAAGAAAGAGCACGAUCCGUCCUCGCACAGCCAGAUGAAUGGCAGCUCGUUGCAACAUGCAUCACGCAUCGCACAAUGAACACCACGUACGCCGAGGGUCCGCUGGUCUUCAAAGCAAACCCUGAGGAUCUUCGGGGCAAAGGCUACUACAUGUACGCAGACCAAAAGUGGGCUGGCUCGCCUUCAGGAGAAUUCAUGGAAGAGCAAUACCAACCUUAUUGGACCGCGGAUGUUGGAAACCCAGACUGGCAGCCAAUCAACUGGACGCAGAAGCCCGACUACAAUCUGUCACUUGGAGUCAUUCGACACGGCCACAUCUGGUCUCUCACGACCGCUGAGCAUGCAGCCCUUCGCGGGACAAACUUACGCUCUAUUAACAUAAUCCCCCCCAAGAAGCGCGUCUACAGCAUUGGCGAGUCUCUCGACCUCGAAGGCAUGAUUGUUUCUGCACGAUACUCGGACGGUAUCACAGAUGAUGAAUUAUUCGAGGGUUAUGGCGGCUAUUCGAUCUCUGGCUUUGACCCACGCAGAAAAGGCAAGCAAGCAGUUAAGGUCUCGUACUCGGUGGUUGGUAUUACCAAAACAGCCUCGUUUACCGUGAAGGUGAAACAUUAA